GGGCUGCAACGUUUUUGGCCCCCUGCCCAGCUACAAUGGCAGCGGAGCGGGCACUGCUGAACAAAGUCUAAUGGCAACAACGAGCCCACGUAGGCGACUUCCAAUCGUGUGGCCGAAAGGGCCCGGCCCACCACGGCCGCUGCCCGCCGCCUAGCAUCGCCUACUCGCCUUGCAGUUGCAGGUUAGCAGCACUGCAGCGGUAGCCACCCACCAAGAGAGAAGAACCGCAGUCCCGCUCCUUCCCUGCCGGCUGCCGCUGCCCCGUCUCUGUCUCCAACUCCGAAUAUGUCGUCCUCGCCCCUCCCCACCACCUCCGGCGGGGCUCACAUCUUCCCGUCUCCGCCUCGACCGCGCCACCGCCGGUGCUCCCAAGUAAUCGUCGCCGCCGCCGCUCCGCCCCGUUCCUACGGCGUCGGUCGCCGCGCCGUCUCCCUAGCCGGCGUCGCCGCCUGGCUUGCCACUACCGUCGGCCGGGCAGACGCGGCCAGUCCAUUUGACAAGUACGUCAAGAGGAAGAAGCUGGAGCCUUUGGAGACCUACGUUCCGGCUGUCCUGCUGACCAUUGACCAAUUCGUUGAUCUAGAGAAAUCCUUAGAAUUUGAGAAACCAAGGUAUGACGAGAGCAGAUCAUUACUUCGCUCUGGACCGGCAUCAUCUUUAAGAGUCAACAUUCGGGCAGUGGCACAAUAUGCUUCUAGUAAUGGUCAAGGCAAGGCUGCAUCAGAUGCUGUGGACGAGUGCUUACGAGCACUGGAAGAUCUCGACUCACUACUACUACAUGCAUCACGGAAUGAUCCGUCAGCAUCCGUUGAAACCAUGAGGAGCAAGAUCAGUGUUGCCCUUGCAGCAUUAGACAAUCUCUUGCAAACGGUGCCAUCUGCAGUACUGGAUAAAGGAAAGGCGAUUGCUGAUGCAUACCGAACUCCAGUAGAUGAUUAUGUAGAGGGCUGAAACAGUUGGAGGAUAUUCUUUAAGGCUGAAUUUUGUUAGGUUCUAUAUCAUGUAUACCUGUUUGGAUUACUAAAUUCCUCGAACUGUACAUCCCAAUUUAUAAUUCGUUUGCUUUUUUUUAUGAA